AUGCAAGUUACGCACGCCAUUUGCUCCCAAAUUCCUCGACUAAAUUUCUGUUCAUUCCUCUUUUUUCUUCUCGAACGAUUUUUUGCGAGAUUAUUUAUUUUAUACAUCUUUCCUUUUUCUUUUUCCUUUGUUUCCUUUCUUUCUUUACUCUCAUCUAAUCUUUAUUUUUCUUUCUUUCUUUUCUUUCUUUCAUUUUCAGUUUUUCAAUACAGUAUUCGUGCAUUAUCUUUUCUCCUUUUUUUUCUUUCUUUUUCAAAUUUUUAUUUUGUAUUCUUUCUUUCUUUAUUUCGUUUUGCAAGACAUUUAUUUUUCCUCUUCUUUUACUCAACACUUUCUUUCUUUUCGUUAUUUUCAUUCGUUUAUUCUGUUAUCUUUCUUUUCUUCUUUUUGAAUAUUUCUUUUUGUCAUUAUAGCCUGUCCAUUUUACUUCUUUCUUUAAACAUUGUUUUUCUUUUUUCUUUCCUUUUUCUUUCUUUUCCUUAUCCUUCUUCUUUAGUUUACUCUCGCGUCUCUCUUUCUCAUUUUGUUUGUGUUUCAAUAACGUACAGCUGCAUUUUGUUGUUGUUGAUGUUGUCUCGGUCGAUUUUUACCGAUGAACCUUUUGAAGUGCGACCUUCGUUUUUACGAGUAUCGGACAGCUGUCUCUUUCCUUGCUUUCAUUUUUCAAAGCUACACACACCAACCAGUCGACGCUAUGGGCUACUACCAGCAAAAACACCCGGGUUUCUAUCAUAG